UCGGCUCAGACGGCGCUGGGCGCGGAGAGACCGGCGAAGGCCGAUGGGCUGUGCGGCUGGACGAGUGCCACCGCCCGAAGUCGCUGCCGUCAAGGACGAAGCCGAAGAGGAAGUGCCGACAACAUGGGCUUCCAAGCCUCCGCAGGUUGAACGGCCCCAAGCCUUCGCGAAGGAGGAUCUCCACAGUGCGGCCACCGCCGAGGAUGGCUUCACCUCGCCGGCCGGAGCCACCUCGCCACCUGCCACAGGAUCUCGGGGGCCGAAGCCUGUCGAGCCUGGCUUGGUCCUCAGCGAUCCCGACGACGAUGACAUCGAAGUCAUCUGCGAGGGCAAGAAUCCGCAGGCGGUUCAGGUCGAAGAGGUUCGAUCGGUGACGGAGGAGCCCAUCGCGCGCCCGGCGCGCGAGGAACCGUCCUCUCCAUCGGCCAGACCGGUGCUCUCGCAACAGCAGUUGGAAGAGGCAGCUAAGAUGGCUGAACAUCGGAAGCGGUUUGACAACCAAAGGUACUACCAAGAUGAUCCUGGAGGUGGGCGUGCACAGCCCCUGCAGGACGUCAAGGCCCACGAGUCCAUCAUGGGUGUCAACUCCUGGUCCUUACAGAAGGGGCAGGAUGCCUUGGGUGAAUGCCUUCCGGGCGGCAUCGAGGAGGAAGUCCUGGCCGAGGUUGUCCAGCCGGUGUAUCGAAAUAAUCACCAGCUGUUUGACGAUGACGAGGAGAUGUUGAUGAAGGAGAUCCUCGACUUUGCCGAUGCUUGAGCAGUUUCACAGCCAAUGGUCGAAUUCUUCCGGAGGGGGACCGAGCUGUUUGGGACGGAGAAGCUUC